AAAAAUUUUAACGAAUAUUCUUCUGGAAGGUUCACUCUGACUCCAAUGGCAAACCCUUGCAUCAUAAGUGGCCACUCGCGUAGCCCUGCCUCUGUUGUCGUCAGAGCGGUUUCUUCUCUCUCUUCGAACCAUAGGAGAAGGUUUCCGGCGGCUCUGUCCUUGAGGUUGAUCAGAGGGGAGAUCCCGGCCAUGGAGAAGCUUGGGAUUAUAGUUGAAAGAAAUCCGCCGGAAUCUAAACUCUUGGAGCUCGGCGUUAAGCAAUGGCCCAAGUGGGGAUGUCCUCCUAGCAAAUUCCCCUGGACGUACUCUGCAAAGGAAACUUGCUAUUUCUUGGAAGGCAGGGUGAAGGUAUACCCCGAAGGAUGUGGCGAUGAGUACGUGGAAAUUAAAGCAGGUGAUUUUGUGGUGUUUCCCGAAGGCAUGACCUGCACCUGGGAUGUGUCUGAGACCGUCGACAAGCACUAUGACUUGUGAGUAGGAAGGUUGGUCGUUUGCUAUUGCUUCCCUGAUGUAACUAAUGGAUUUUGUGUUUCCUUGCUUCUCGUGGAUGGCAAAAAAAAAACUAUAUUACUAUGUAUAAAUUCUAUUAUAAUUUUGGGUGAAUUUUUCAUAUGCUUUCGAAAGGUUUUUUGUGGGGUGUCCAGUAGGAGGCUAUUUUCGUAUGGUGUACGCACGCAGUUGUCUUCAAUAACCUCUCAGUAACUUCCCAAUAACCUACCAAUACAUUUUGCAGUUCUGCGCUUAUAUUUUUUGUUGUUAUUCGGAAGUUUUGUCAGGUUAUUAGGGGUUUUAACUCCAAUAGCACCAGUAUAAUCCUCCAAUAUCUCACGAAUAACCUUUAUACACAUCUAGAACUGCGUGCAUACUCCGUACGUAAGUAUUUGUCGUCCAGUAGAUACCACACAGUAGUUGAAGUUGAGAUUAUGUCAAAAUGUGCCGAUUGUAGGUAGUAGGGUU